UAACAACUGCAAUGUUUUCUUUUGGUUAUAGCCUACUAUAACAGAAACAUUUUGUUUUGUUUUUUUCUCAGGAAAAUUAUAAAAAACUGCAUAGCCAUGUUUUAGGAUUGUCGUAGCGAAAAAGUUAGCGGGGAUGGGGAGAGCGUUCGUGUAUGUGAUCGUGGGAGGAGGCGUUGCUGCUGGUUACGCAGCUCUAGAAUUCACGAGGAAAGGUGUCUCUGAUGGCGAACUCUGCAUCAUCUCCGAAGAACCAGUUGCACCAUAUGAGAGGCCAGCGUUAAGCAAAGGUUUUCUGCUGCCAGAAGAUCCUACACGGCUUCCUUCUUUCCACACUUGUGUUGGUUCCAAUGAUGAGAUUCUCACCCCAAAAUGGUACAAGGAACAUGGAAUUGAAUUACUCCUUGGAACUCGUGUUAGGUCCGUUGAUGUGAGGAGGAAUACUCUUGUAUCAAGCACCGGAGAGACUAUAAGUUACAACUUCUUGAUCAUUGCAACAGGUGCCAGGGCGUUGAAGCUCGAAGAAUUUGGGGUGGAAGGCUCGGACGCUGAAAACGUAUGCUACUUACGAGAUCUGAGCGACGCAAACAAACUUGCCACUGUGAUCCAAUCAAACUCCAAUGGGAAUGCUGUUGUUAUCGGUGGUGGCUAUAUUGGCAUGGAGUGUGCUGCAUCUUUAGUGAUUAACAAGAUCAAUGUGACAAUGGUUCUUCCGGGGGCUCACUGCAUGGCGCGUCUCCUUACGCCUAAGAUUGCAACUUUGUAUGAAGACUACUACAGUUCUAAAGGAGUGAAGUUUGUCAAAGGAACUGUUAUGACAUCAUUUGAGUUUGAUUCGGAUAAAAAGGUCACGGCAGUUAAUCUUAAAGAUGGGACCCAGUUACCAGCUGAUUUGGUCGUGGUUGGAAUUGGAAUACUACCAAACACAAGCUUGUUUGAAGGACAGCUAAUAAUUGAGAAAGGAGGGAUAAAAGUGAACAGCAAAAUGCAGUCAAGUGACAGCUCUGUAUAUGCAAUAGGGGACGUAGCUACAUUCCCAGUGAAACUAUAUGGAGAAAUGAGGAGGCUGGAGCAUGUAGACUCCGCUAGGAAAUCUGCACGGCACGCAGUUUCAGCGAUCAUGGAGCCAGAAAAGACAGGAGACUUUGACUACCUGCCGUGUUUCUACUCAAGGUUCUUUGCCUUCUCGUGGCAGUUCUAUGGAGACCAUGUUGGUGAAGUUGUGCACUUUGGGGAGUAUGAAGAGGGUAAAGUGUUUGGAGCGUACUGGGUUAAAGAGGGUCACCUUGUUGGCACUUUUCUUGAAGGUGGGAGUAUAGAAGAGUAUGAAACUAUCUCAAAGGCCACAGAGAUGAAACCAGUUGUUACUGAUAUGGAAGAGCUGGCGAGAGAAGGACUCAGGUUUGCUCAGACCGUGGUGAGUCAGCAGGUGGUUCCUGAAGUUGAGGUUGUUCAGAGCUCUGAGAUAAUGAGGCAGACGUCAACAGUGGCGAUGAUGGAGAAGCCCUUGCAUGCGUGGCAUGCCGUGAGUGGAGUGGUUGUAGCUGCGUCUGUGACUGCAUUUGCGUUUUGGUAUGGUAAUAAGAAACGCCGUUGAUGCAGGGCCGGUUCAAUAGUAUCAUGGGUCGUGGAGCAAAACCUUUUUUAAAAUCAAUAAACUAAUAUUUUUUUGAAAAUAUAAUAAAUAUUUGUUUUUUUUUUCAAAAUACCAGAAGUAUUUUCUAAAAUAAAAACUCAAAAUACUUUCACAUGAAAAAAUUCUGGACCUGUUUUUAUUUUGAAUAUAAAAAUAUAUGUAUUCUCUUUUUAAAAAUUGGAGCCGUAUUUAUUAUAGAGGGACAGCGGAUUGGACCCUGGGUACCGCGUACAAGCCCGCACUGGUUAGAUGGUGAAAUGAUUCAUUGGAGGGGUGAUUUUAUGUUGUUUGUAGGCUUGUAGCAUUGGUGGGGAUAUAUAGAAAGGGGAGAAAUCGAAACUAGUCAAUGUGAUAACAUUGGUAUAAGAUUGCUAUUAUAUGA